UACCAUCAUACCACAAAGCUGUAAAAGUUUGUCCUAGCUCCUUAAAGCUUCUUAUUCCAUUCCCCUCCACAAUAAAAGCACUUGUAAACAAUAUUCAAAAGCACUUUUUAUGCCCAUGACCAUCCAGAGCCAACCCUUUUAAACUACUCUCUGAUAUACAUCUCAUAGCUUUACCUUGUAGGAUUCCUUUAUUGGCCUACAAGCUUUCUUAGGAUUCUUCACAUAGUAUUAAUUGAAACAUAGAAAAAAAAAAAAAAACCCCACCAAUGCAGCAGUUGCUUCAUUCUUGUUGUUCAUAUGGGGAAUUUAUUCCAUAGGAGUAUGAUCUUAUUGUCCUUCAUGAAGGAACCUCAAAUGGGUAUUAAUGUAUUUCAAAGGGAGGGGUAAUUAGUGUAUAUAAAUAUGAGUUUGCUUGUUCCACUAAGUUUUCAAAGCUUGAGGGAUAUAUAUAUAUAUAUAUAUAUAUAUAUACACAUACACUUAUCUAUUUUGAGUUACUGUUUAGAUUAGAGUAAUAGAGAAGCUUAGUUCAACUGAAGUUUUGGAGAGAGAAAGGAAAAGGAGGAGUCUUUUUUUGUAGUUAGCAAUGCUAACAUAUGGAAGGGAAAGAAUGCUUAGUACUUUGGCAGGUUUUAUGGCUCUGAUUCUUCUUGCACCAUCAGCAGACUCUGCAAGAACCCCCCCAAGAUUAAAUCAAAUUCACAAGAUCAGCCAACCCAGUCCAUCAUCAUUGAAGCUGACUCCUCAGCUCUCAUUCCAAAUCAAGCUCCAUGCAUUCCUCCUCUGGGCUUCAGUAGGUUUCUUGAUGCCCAUUGGCAUACUUGUAAUCAGAAUGUCGAACACUGUACAAUGUGGCAGAAGACUAAAGAUCCUCUUCUACACUCAUGUUAUGUUGCAGAUUACAGCAGUCCUGCUGGCCACCGCGGGAGCCGUUUUAUCGAUGAAGAACUUCGAGAACUCAUUCAACAACACACACCAGAGAAUAGGCCUGGCACUCUAUGGGUUCAUUUUGCUUCAACCAUUCAUCGGUUUCUUGAGGCCUAACAGAGGAGUGAGAAUAAGGAGCAUAUGGUACUUUGUGCAUUGGAUACUCGGAAUCGGUAUCUGCACUGUGGGGAUAGCAAAUGUUUACAUUGGUUUGCACACAUACCAUGAGAGGGCCUCAAGAAGUGUGGAGUUGUGGACUGUUCUAUUCACUGUGGAGGUCUCUUUCAUUGCUUUUGUGUAUCUAUUGCAAGGUAGAUGGGAUUAUGUUAUGAAGCAGGGAGUUAAUCCUGGUGAUGAGCAAAUUAGACCCACUGAUCAUGUAACAUCACCAAGUGGUAGUGUUCAUAAAGAGUUAGCAGUGAUGUCCUGAAGAAGUGUUAAAUAUAAGAUUGUGCAGUUUCUUAUUGUUUUCCUGUUUCUUUA